AUGAUGAGUGCUCCGAGAGACCCCGCGCGACUUCGCGCUGGGUUAAACCCCAUCCUGACGGCAUCCAUUGUUGGCUACCCUCAGAACCCGGGUAACACUCCCAUCUCGGCCCUCUCCAUCGGCUCUCACGGCGCGUUUUCUUCGGCACAAACCCCUAUCAGCGCUAUCCAGCCGUAUAAUCCUCAAGAAUGGGUCGCUUCUCCCAUGGUCUCUUCGGAACCUCAAACUCCUCCCCCUCCCCCUCCUUAUUCUCCGCCGCGUAGCGGACCACCACUGGGCACUCCGGGCACGGCAGCUGAUCCCAACGGGACGGCAAAUGCACCGCCCCGACCUCAAUUACAAAGGCCUGCUCCAGAAACUCCCGUGACAACAUCCUUUCCGCCCCCUCCGACGUCUAGGGGUAGUUCGCGCGAGAGGCGAUUUAACUUUCCAACUUUGGGACGAAAGCGAUCCCCUGAGAUGAAUACAUCCCCGUCGGAGCAGGCUUCGGCAUCUCGAUCGUUUAGUUUGCUUGGUAGAGCAAGCAACAACCGGCCACUGACGUUACAGAUUCCCACGCGACCUGCUGAGCCAGAGCCAGCUUCGGCCCUAGGACCCCCAGGUGCUCGGAGGGCCGCAUCGACGCCUGCCCCGUCGACUCCAACUUCGGCGAGAUCUCGUUCAUCAUCCCAGGUCAGGUGGGAUCCUUCUAUGCCUUUGCCCCCGCCACCCCCAGGCCCGCCGCCGUCGGCCAUCCGGUCCCAGAGCGUCCAGCGUGUGUCUUCCGGAAGCGACCCUAUCGUCUCGCCGCCGACUAGACGCCCUCCCCCGAGCGGGGUUUCUGCCCUCGGCCCCGUGCCCCCAACGCCAGCGAACUGGAGGGAAGGUGAUGCCAUGCCAGGUCCAGAUUCUACGGCCCAGGCCGCUGGAGGAGGGAGUACCACGUCAGAGACAGACUCGACCAGCACGGCUACCAUCGCGACCACUGCAAACACGACAUUGAGCACGACACAACCUAGGGAGAUGCCAAACGGCGCACACCAGAUUGAUUCUGCUGCUUCGGUAUCCUCAGCCACGAGCUCGACUCUCGGCAGUGGCCUGACGAGGAGCCCUGCCGUCCGAGGUGAACGGGAGAAGACCAUCCUUGAGAGGAGGAGCGAGAGUCGAACGAGGGCAGCGAGUCGCGGUUCGGUUGACGCAACAGCACGCCCUCCUCAGCACCUUUCUGAUAUCACGAUUCCCCAGCAAGGAAACGGCUUGCAGAGGCGGUUGACCAUCACUCGCGGUACCCAGAGGACAGGUCGCUCGUGCGACACUCCCCAGACAGCCGAGUCGAUAGAGCAGGAUUCUACUACCCCCCGGGCUUUAGCGACACAUGUGAUGACGGGGCAGGUGACGCCCACGAGGCUAUCCCCCGAUGCGGAGAAGCAGCCGGACAACGCGCCCCAGACGCUCGCUCCCAAGGCUCUGCCAACCCCCCCGACUGGCAGCCGAGCCUCAUCGACCGUCCGCAACCUGACAGUGGACACCACAACUCUCCAUAGCGAGGCCGUGCUGCCAAUGACAAAGCAAGCCGCCAUCUCUCAAUCGACUGAGCAGUUCAUGUGCGGCACGAUCGAGCGGUUCACAGCGUUUGCGCAGCGCGAGGCCGAAGCGACAACCGACGCCGAACGUGUGCGGUUAUUUGCCGAGUUCUUCGUCAGCGAGUCCAGGAUACGCAGGGAGAGGUAUGGGGCUGCCAUCGCCGCGAUGGGAUCCGAGAUUUUCGAUCUCACGCGCGACUUGUUCCGGCCGAUGCCGGUUAGGCGGGAGUCGGAGUCCGCGACGAGCGGGACUGCUGUGGAUUUGACGCCGCAGUCGUCGGAGCCGAGGUCGCGUGGCGGAUCGUUUGGUGUGCAUACGCCUGCGUCUAGUGUGCAGCCUUCGCCGAGUAUGGGCCCGACGAACCCGACUCCAGGUGGGUGGGCAACGUCGACGUAUAUGCCGUCACUGUCACCCAUUCUGAGUAUGAGUGUGAGUGAUGCGCUGGAUGAGGAGGAUUCCCGGGGCCGGCCGGCGAGUCGCUGGUGGGAAGCUGAGUCAAAUGGAGCGCCGUCGAUGCGGAUUGAGCGGUCGAAGAGGGAGAGCAAGUACAUGGGUGUGGUUAAAGAGGCGAGAGAGGCGCUGCAAUGGUGUGAUGAUCCCCAUUCUUCGCCUAGGUCGAGCCAGCGCACGUCCUAUCCGCCCGAGAAGACGGGCUGGCAUGACGAGAAGUCGGAUAGCACGGCGAAGGAUAAAUCACGAAGUUCGUUGGCGUCGUCGACCGCUUCUGUGCCGAGUACACCCAGCCCGGAUCAUUUGGAUAUUUCAAGGCUGGUGACUUUACCGCCGCCAUAUCCUAGGCAUCAUCCGGCCGUGAAUAAUAACCAUCCUGAGCUGGCCGAGACGAGGAGUGCAGUUAGGUCAUUAAGCAACAUGAGUGAGGUGGAGGAAAUCAAGAAGCGCUUCGUCGAAGCAAGUAGCAAGAUGCGUGCCGAAGCCCUCGAGGCGACCAAGAAGAGGCGUCAAGCCCUGCGCCAGCACCUCCAGCAACAAAUAUCCUCCGGCAACCUUAGCUACUCUGAAGCCGCUCAGAUCGAGGCCGACGCCAAACAGGAAGAACACACGGCCCUCCGCGAGAUGGAAAAGAGAGAUUUUGAGCAAUUUCAAACUGACGUCGUCAUCCCCGUCAACGAGAUCCUGCAAACUCGCAUCGCCAAAGCUACCGAGCUUUUCGACUCCCUGCGCAACCAGCUCUUUGACGAAACCGCCGAAUCGAACCCCAAUCUGCCCCAGGAAGAAGGCGACGAGCAACCAGAACUCCUCGAGAAACUCACCCUCCUCAAAUGGAUUUUCGAGGCCCGCGAGGCCUUGCACCGCGCUCUCUUCGACCUGCUCACCGACCGCAACGACCGCUACCGCGACAUGGUGCUUGUCCCGUACCGGCUCGCAAAUGAUACCGAAAAGAUUGCCUCCGCCGAGGCCUUCUUCGCCGACGACACCGCGAAACGCGCACUUCAGUUCAGCGAGGAGUCGCUCCAUCGCACGCAAGAGUUCCGCGAUGUGGUCGAGGAAACGGUUUCGCGCGGCGUGCAGGUGCAGUUGAAUGCCUUUUGGGACAUUGCGCCGCCGUUGAAGAGGUUACUCGACAAAAUCCCCAUGUCAGGAGACCUGUCGGAUUUCAAGAUCCAGAUCCCACCGGCCGAGUUUGCGGAGAAUCCAGCCUAUCACCAGCACCCGCUGCAGUAUUUGUAUAGCCUGUUGCUGCAUGCGGAGAAGAGCACAUACCAGUUUAUUGAGAGCCAGACGAAUUUGCUGUGUCUGUUACAUGAGGUCAAGGAGGCGUGUGUCAGGGCUAGGGGGGUUGUGAUGGAACGGGAUGGGAGGGAUCCGGCGAGGGUUAAGGAGUUUAAGCAGGAGGAGUUGAGGAGGCUGACGGAGGAUUUGAAGGAUAAGGUUAGGGUGGUACAGGAGCAGUGGAAUAGCGGGUUGGGGGAGACCAUGAAGAGCGUGAAGGAGAGAGUGGGAGAGUAUUUGCUUGAGACGGGCGGGUGGGAUGAGAGUUUUGAGGAGGGAGAUGUUGGUGGUGUUUAA